CCAGUCUCCUCCAUCACGGCGUCUUUCUCAUUCCAGCUCAUAGAUCGAACACGCGCGGUAUUAAUGAUGGGAUUCUUCCCUUUUCAUGUUGUUUUCAUUUAUCAACUUCAAGAUGACCUUGUAUUCUUGGAGUCUCCGGAGAUCGUUGCAUUAUGCGAAAGUACGUCGAUACCCUCUCAUAUCGUGCACCGUUGGAUGGCCUGUUCGAACGGGCAGUACGCCAAAGUGGUCUCGUCCGGUGCUAACAUCUCACCGAUGAUAUAUUGGACCCCGUCUUCCCCACCGCUGCCGAAUCCCGAGGCGCUUCAAGAGCUUGAAGAAGGGGAAUAUUUUAUGCCGCUGCCCGACGGGGAUGAUUGAUGAUUCCUUCCGUCCUUCCGUGGCGUUAGAAACAGAUUGGCAUCUCAACUCCGUCAAUUCAGGAGACAGUUCGAGGAUGCCGAAGUCACCAGCUAUGUACUUCUAGACGUGCUAUUCAUAUUGACACUGUUAAUCGACUUCUUUUCCCGGCAGCAACAGAGAGACGCAGGUAAAAGCAGUCAAUUCUCAAUGAACAGAUGUUUUCUUUUCAGAAUCUCAGUUACAGGACCC